GCAUGCUUGUUUGCAUGUUUUGCCACAGGUACGUGUGGUUAAUGCGGACUUCAUUCCUUGCGAAAGGGAAAGGGAGGUCUUGACCGCCCUACUCAACAUGCUGCCGCCGCGGCCCUCGCCAGGACGAGCGGAUUGAGAAACCAACGAACGCGUCUGACCGGAGGACCCGGAGACAAAUCCACACGGCCACGGGAAGAGCACGCAAACUCCAAACAUGCAGGCGGCCUGUGUCGGGAUCAAACCCACCACCUUCUAUAUACCAGGCGAGACAAGAGAAUGAUCAUUCUGCGCAGCAAGCAGCACUUGAGGGAGCUUAUGGUGGCCUUGUCUCGCAGCCUUCCUCACUCAGCCGAGACGUAUGGGUGGUUGUACUAUGGACUGGACGGCAUGUCGGGGCCAAUGGACGUUUACGUGGACUCUUGGCCGAACUUUCAGGCUGUAAUUGUGCAGCCAACGUACCAGGCUGGUGAAAAGCUCUCAUUGCCCAAAUAUUCCACAUUUGCAUCCAACCCAAGCAGCUUUGCUAACCUGUGGAAUGUUGUGGAAUGGAAGGAACCCUUCAUGCUGGAAGGUGUAGACGCUGAUUUUCAAGAAUGUAUCAAUGAUAUGGCGGCCAAAAAAGAUGUCCGUGUAUCCCGGCAAUCGGACUACUACUACAUGGCCACAACGAAUGAGCCUGACACACUCAGAAUUCGAAAGUCUGAAUUGGAUCUGGAAAUGUCUACAUUAAAUACAAGCCACGUUGAAUUGGUGUGGAACUCGUGGACGCACAGAGGCGAGCCUGACAGUCUGAGCUUAAUCCAGGCUUGCAUAUCGAAAGGAUUGCCCAAUAGCUCUGUGCUGGACGGUUCUGGAAAUCCGGUCGCCUGGCUCCUCACCCACUUAAACGGAUCAAUUGCAUUUGGAUAUGUAAAACCGGACUACCGCAGAAAGGGACUCCUGCACAAGUGCAUGGCAGCUCUUCUCGACAAAUGUCAUGGGGAUGCACCUAUAUACGGUUAUGUUCACGAAGAAAACACUGCUUCUUUGCAGUUCGCAACAGAGAUUGGGUUUUCUAUGCUGUAUGGCCGCCGUUACGUAUGGGUGACUAUAGAGCCCUGAUGCGUUUUAGGUUUUAAUAUUCGUGUACUGACACCCGACACCGUAGUCUUCAAUAACAGGAGUCUUUAUUACUUCCAUCACGAGACAUUGCCUUCAAAGAUUCCCUUUGCGCCAAGCCUCCCGAACUCUCUCGCUUCCCACUGAUACAUCCCUCAAGCCCCUUCCCCUAAGGUUCCUUGACCUUCUGCUUUCCCUCCAGCCAAUCGCGUUCAAUUUUUUCUAACGGAUUCCAACCGUCAUCCCUUUCAAUCAUCCUCGCUUUCCCACUCUUUCCAUGUUGUACUUCUCCUCCAAUGCCUUCAAUUCCCUGCCUCUAACCAAAUCCCCUUUCAGGCCCGUUAAGUACCAAUCGGAGGGCCUUCUUUUACUUCAUGACUCUCUGUGUCACGCACGCCGUCUCCACAACGUCGGUGGAGUAUUUUAGCGCCGACUGAGCAUGUUGUUUUGGUUGUGAAUGAAUCGCUGCAUGAGUAAGCCGGGUUUCAUUUCAUAAUAGAUAGUAUCCGAAAUGCUACUACCUACAAUCGGAGUGCAAUGUGUACCUAUACAUAAUGAUCCCAUUCUUUGACUUAAAGCUUUCGUAACUGCAGGAAUUAAUAUUCGUUGGGUCGUCUUUCGGUAAAGCCACGUAGAUAGAAUAUGGACCCCAUACCUGUCAACCCCUAAUCAGUGCCUACGUUACCACAGACCAAUUCAGACCUUAUUAGUCACCCCGUGCCCUUAUAAAUGUCAACGUUCAUCCUACAAAGUCCCCUCACAAGAGAGAAACACAAAGAAAUAGACCAAAACAUUUUACUAAACAAUUUUAAUGUAUUAAUUUUGAUAAUUGGUGUCAAUUAUGCUACUUAUGCUACUCUCUGUGAUCUUGAAUGCUGAUGCUGUCCCACGACUUUUUUUAUUUGGACGUAUGAGUUUUGUUGUUGCCCUAUUGAAACGGCUGUACGCCAUAUGGACCUGAAAACUCAAUUUCCCUGGACAAGAAUACGGGUAAACCAUAUGGGUUGACAGGUAUGUGAUUCUAGUGCUGUUCUUCAUGACGUUUGGUAACCAUCAUCACUAUUUACAAGUGUUUUUUGCACACAACCAUCGCGCACACCACCAAUUGCAAUUCGUUUAAAACUACAUUGCUUUGCUUAUCUAAACUAAAUAUGUGGUUAUGUGAGUCUUCAUAGUGUAAAGGAGCCUUGGAUUUCCUUCAAUUGUAGUGUGCUUUUUAAAAGGGAGAUUGAAAAGAGACCGGCUCAAUGGAGCUACCUUUGACCUAAUGGGUCUUAUCUGACUCAACAAACUUAUCAUUAUUGAUUUUUAUCCAAUCAACGCCCUGCUACAAUGUCUACAAUGCUGAAUGUCUCAAUUUGUAGCCCUUUUCAAAUUAUUCGCUGUUAUAUUUAAAGGUUUCAAUUAUAUCAUGCCACCCUGAUUUCUGGUCGCAUAUUUUUUAUUGUAUCCAUGUAUAUCUCUUUGCCCACCCCCUUUAUCGCUUUUGAACAAUAGAGCUUUCUAGCUCAAUGGGCCUCAGGGGCCGUCCAUA